GUGGAGAUUCAACGUCACAACAGCGUCUACUGCUCUCAACCGCACCAUAUUCCCAAUUCCCGUUCUCUGCGAUCCGUCCCACCAACGCCGCCUCUCGAAAAGACAACAAACAGCAGGAACCAGAGAGAGAAAGAGAGAAAGCUAGAGAGAGAGAGAGACCUAGAAAUUAUCGCUUGGGAAUCUCUCACCAGCUAAUUUUGGCGGAGUUGUAGAUAUUCUAGGUUUACAGAGAAUGUCUCUGACAUGUGUGAAGAUGUCUGAGGAUGUGUGGUUAACAUGUCUUACUCAUGCAUUGUCCACUGAAACUGAGGAGAUCAUGGGGCUUCUUCUUGGUGAUAUUGAGUACUCAAAAAAUGGGAAUGUCACGGCGCUAAUAUGGGGCGCGGCACCUCAGUCUCGAUCUGACAGAAGGAAAGACCGUGUAGAGACAAAUCCUGAACAAUUGGCUGCUGCGUCAGCUCAGGCUGAAAGAAUGACUGCAUCAAGCGGAAGAACAACAAGAGUGAUUGGAUGGUACCAUUCACAUCCUCAUAUUACAGUUCUACCCUCUCAUGUUGAUGUGCGAACUCAGGCGAUGUAUCAACUUCUAGAUUCUGGGUUUAUUGGGCUAAUAUUUUCCUGUUUCAGUGAAGAUGUAAAUAAGGUUGGCAGAAUCCAAGUUAUCGCAUUCCAGUCCUCGGAUGGGAAUCAUAAUUCCAUGGCAAGACCUAUUUCUCUAUCACCUAUGAAUAGAAGUUCGAUUAUUGAUGUUGAAUCAUCUUUAAGUUCCUCAGAAUAUACACCAACAAGAUCUGGAUCUGCAAAGGCAGAGAGCCCAGAGCUGGACACCGGUAGUUCAGGAAUGGCUGGAGGAACUAGUAAGGAUGGAGGAAAAUCUUCCGAUUUGGGGGGCUUCUUUGCUAAUGCUGAUGCCAAUUAUGUAGGAAGAGAGAAAAUCGGCGGAAAUCAUCACACUGAUAAUUUAGAUACCGCUGUUGUUGAUAUCGAUCCCAUGGAUAUGUCAGAAAGUAUGCAAGAAGCUAUGCACCGUUCAAAUUUGGACAUGAGGGGUGCUGAAUAUGUUCGAAAAGAGAUACCUCUUCAUGUUUUGCCUACCUCAUCUCUGCUUAAGCUCGAGUCACCACUAAGGUCAUUUGCAGAUUUGCAGCAUGUUCUCUAUGAGGAGGAGCGGGCAGCAUAUAACCAAGCCGUCCUGCAAAAUAUGAGGGAUGGAAAAGUGCAUCCCCUUACAUUCAUUCAUCACACAUCGACAUAUCAGGCUUCCAUGUGCAAAUUAAUUGAAUAUUGUUUGAGCCCGGCCAUUAGUGCACUGCAGGAACGAUUGAAAGAGAAUGAAAUUCGGCUAGCAAUGCUGAUUGAUGAAGCCAAGAUUUUGGAGACUGAGGCUUUUAGCGGGACACAGUCACCCUCUUUAUCUCCGCGUCAUGGUACUUCACAUGGAGUUAGAGGAAGUCCUAUAGGUCACAGGGACUCCCGUAGUUCAGCCGAGCCUGCUAAUGUGAGGACUGUGCCUGGUUCUGGUAGCCGAAGCAGAAAAAUGUUCUAAAAAGAAACCUUGGUGAACGAAAAGUGUCCCAAGUGCUUUUGAGCUUUUACAACUUCGCUGGUAGUUGAGUUCCGCCUUUCGAGGAUACUGCAGCAGCAUUUGGAGGAGCUUAUCAUGCAUUUGUGAUCUAUUUUUGCGUUUUGCAAAAGAAGGCAUUGAUGGUCGAUGUAUUUAUAAGAUUGUAUGUAUAUAUCCUCCCUUAUGCAAGGUUGUGUGGCACACUACUUGCUGCUUGUUGUAUGGGCUUCGUAAAUCAAGUUUAUGCUCAUCAUCACAUUAUACCCA